UCAUUUACCUGCCCUGUGACUCGACCACCCUCCGAAUCGGUUGCCCUUCUAGAAAGCACCAACCCAUUCAUCAUACAUCAUCCAUACAUUACUUUCAUCCUCUUCAACCUACGAUUAGCCGCUCUUUCAAUUCCAAAGCCCUUAACAAUUUGCCCAAUAGACACUAUCCUUUCAUCGUUCUUAUUGCCUUAUACUUUAUAAUCCGUUUCUUUCGAUCGUCGUCAUCGUCCUUCUAUACAGAGAGUUUCGCCACACCCAAGAGUAUAUCAGUACCAUAGACCGCAUCCUACACCUCUAUCAAGAUCGGCCAAUAAUCCAUCGACCAAUACUUGUAACCACUGCAAUAUUACCAAUAGACUAUCAUCAAUCAUGGCUUUUGAGCAGACUCGAGACUUCCGAAGCACCGCCCAGGAUUCGAAGCGAUUCAAGGAACACACCGAGAAAUGGUCCCGAGGUACCCGACCGUCAGGCGGUUGCACAUACAGUUGGGUGCAGGAUAAGAUAAUCGGAGGAAGCGAAAGUCAGAUCGAGAAGGUUCGACCUGAAGGACCUGGGCACCACUCUCACCGUUACGAAACUGGAAACGUCGUGAAGCCACGAGAGACUAGCUCAACACUUCGAACAAGACAUUCGCGCAACAAGAUAGACGUAAUAACAGAGUUACAUGAUCCGACCAACAUCUCUCGAUCCCUCCACGACCUCCUGCCAUCACCUUCAGCCCGACGAAGUCUUAGCGUAUCGGAUAACAUCCUGUACAGCUUCGAUAGAACCGAGAGCCCAGGCAAGGCGUUAACACUAGACGUCUUCGUCAAGUCCAAACCGAAGGAGACGGAGAAGUUUGUCGAGAAGGAGUACGAGAUCCUCGACAACAAUGGGGAUGCCCUCAAGGGACGAAAGGCUCGACAGAAUCUCCGUCGCAAGAACCACGCACCGGCGAACGAACCUGACGUCAUCGAGGAUGAAGGUUUCGAGCUGGUAUAAUGCGAAGAUUGCCCUUGAGGAUCGUGCGGUCGGCUUCGUUGCGUCUUGACUGCAUCCAUCCCUUUGAUAUUACGGCUCCUUGACUCUUGCAUUCCUUUCUUCGCAUUCGUCGGAGGAGGAUAGCUCGGCGCAUUCUGUGUAUUCUUUCGGGUUGGACGGACGGACGGACGGACAGAUUUAUUCGGUAUUAUUCGACCAUAGGGAUAUUCGGCAGAGUGUUGGUAUUCUCAUCGGGCGUAUUGCAGCUAGGUAUCUCUUUCUUUGAGUAGUAUGUUUAGCACAUUAUGUCGCACGAGACAUCAAUAUAUCAUUUAAUACCGACACGUGCCGCUGCACUUUUCAUGCCAAUGCCGGAAAUUAUAUGCAUUGUAUAAAAUGUGUGCGACGUGAAUAGGCACACUGAAUGAAUAAAUGAAGGGGAAAUGGCGG